CGAGGCCGAGGCCUGCGCGCAGCCCGGGUGGCUGCACUGCGCGCGCGCCGACCCGCGUGGGGCCCGGCUCGGCGCGCGCGGCGCGGAGGCGGCCGGCGGGGAGGGGCCGGGUGAGGUCGGGGAGCGGCGCGGUGGGAGGCUCCGCGGUGGGAGGCUCCGCGGCCGGCCACGGGACACCAGCGCCGGGCGGGGAGCGCGCCCCUCUGCUUUUCCCCGCGGCCGCAGCCGGCACUCCGAGAGAACCCGGAGGAGGCAGGUGGUUUUCUAGAAGAUGACCAUAGAGGACCUUCCAGAUUUACCUUUAGAAGGAAAUCAUUUGGUUGGAAGAUACCCAUUUUUAUUUCAAGGUUCUGAGACACCGGUUAUCUUUUCCAUUUCUGCAGCUCCAAUGCCUUCAGACUGUGAGUUUUCUUUUUUUGAUCCUAAUGAUGCAGCAUGCCAGGAAAUUCUCUUUGAUCCCAAAACUUCAGUCUCAGAAUUAUUUGCCGUUUUAAGACAGUGGGUUCCUCAGGUCCAGCAGAACAUCGACAUUAUUGGAAAUGAGAUCCUGAAGAGAGGUUGCAAUGUGAAUGAUAGAGACGGGCUGACGGAUAUGACUCUUUUACAUUAUACUUGCAAAUCUGGAGCUCAUGGUAUUGGUGAUGUUGAGACAGCUGUCAAAUUUGCAGCUCAGCUUAUUGAUCUGGGAGCAGAUGUUAGUUUGCGGAGUCGCUGGACAAACAUGAAUGCUCUGCAUUAUGCUGCUUAUUUUGAUGUCCCAGAGCUUAUACGAGUAAUUUUGAAGACAUCAAAACCAAAAGAUGUGGAUACCACGUGCAGUGACUUUAACUUUGGGACAGCACUGCAUAUCGCAGCGUACAACCUGUGUGCAGGUGCCGUGAAGUGCUUACUGGAGCAUGGAGCAAACCCCGCGUUUAGGAAUGACAAAGGACAGGUCCCUGCAGAUGUUGUUCCAGACCCAGUGGAUAUGCCGUUAGAAAUGGCUGAUGCUGCAGCCACUGCUAAAGAAAUCAAGCAGAUGCUUUUAGAUGCGGUGCCUUUGUCAUGUACUGUCUCAAGGGCCAUGUUUCCAAAUUAUGAUCAUAUUACCAGCAAGGCCAUGCUUACGUCUCUUGGGCUGAAGUUGGGGGACCGUGUUGUCAUUGCAGGACAGAAGGUUGGGACAUUAAGAUUUUGUGGAACAACUGAAUUUGCAAGUGGGCAGUGGGCUGGCAUUGAAUUAGAUGAGCCAGAAGGAAAAAACAAUGGGAGUGUUGGUAAAGUCCAGUACUUCAAAUGUGCCCCCAAAUAUGGUAUUUUUGCACCUCUUUCAAAGAUAAGUAAAGCAAAAGAUCGAAAGAAGAAUAUAAUACAUACUCCUUCCACAAAAGCUGUGCCUCUCAUCAGGUCCCAGAAAGCUGACGUAGCUCAUGUCACAUCAAAAGUGAUCUCUGGAUUGAUGACAUCAAAAAAAGAGAGUGCUUCUGAAUCUGCACUUGCAGUGCCUCCUAGUGAAGAGUUGAAAAUGGCAACAGAGAAAGAUGUUACCCUGCAUGGAUCCGUCAGCAGCUCCUCCUCCACAUCUUCUUUGGAACACAAACAGAGCUACCCCAAGAAAUUGAAUGCAAGUAACAAUAGCAAGAAGACCAUGAGCAAAAGCCCUUCUCUCUCAUCCAGAGCCAGUGCUGGUUUGAAUUCUUCAGCAACAUCUGUAGCAAAUAAUACCCGUCAUGAAGGAGAACUCCACCUUGGAGAGAGAGUGUUGGUGGUAGGCCAGAGAGUUGGUACCAUUAAAUUCUUUGGGACAACAAACUUUGCUCCAGGGUAUUGGUAUGGUAUAGAGCUUGAAAAACCCCAUGGGAAGAAUGAUGGUUCAGUUGGAGGUGUGCAGUAUUUUAGUUGUUCUCCAAGAUAUGGAAUAUUUGCUCCCCCAUCCAGGGUGCAAAGACUAACAGAUUCCCUGGAUACUCUUUCAGAAAUUUUCAAUAAACAGAAUCAUUCUUAUCCUGGUUUUAGGAGAAGUUUCAGCACAACUUCUUCUUCCCAAAAAGAGAUUAACAGGAGAAAUGCUUUUGCCAAGUCAAAGACCUCUCUGCGCCGCAGCUGGAGCAGUGCCACCACGGCAGGUGGCCUUGAGGGUAGCGUGAAGCUUCAUGAGGGCUCUCAGGUCCUGCUCACAAGCUCUAAUGAGAUGGCUACCGUUAGGUAUGUGGGCCCCACAGACUUUGCUUCUGGAAUCUGGCUUGGACUGGAGCUCCGAAGUGCCAAGGGGAAAAAUGAUGGUGCUGUGAUGCCCUGUACUGUUUCUCUACCAGCAAGAAGGCCAUUCCCAGCUGUGGCCCCCAGACUCUGCACCUCCAGAACUGAGCUGCUCUAACACCUGCCUGGAGGAGAGCCGAAAUGCCACCAGCCACCUCUGUUCCAGCUCAGCAGAAACUGACAGCGAUGAACUUUGGAGAGAAAAUCUUAUUAUCUUGUCUCCUUGAUUCUUUGUCAAAGGUUUGGGAGCUGAUU